GCUGCCAGGCCGCCCGCCCGCCUUCCGGGGCUUGGCAGCAGGUGCUGCUCUCAGGGACGCUCGCAUUAACUUUCCCAUCGGACUCGAUCGCCAGGCCAGCGGGACGAAGUUCCAGGAGUGCCGGCCGGCCGGCGCAGGCUCUGGACUGGCGAGUAGAGCCCAGAGUGCCUGUAUUUUUAGCCAGAUGCCGCGUAACUCACCGGCGCACCCCGCGUCGCCCGGCAGCUAACGGGGGAGGGGAGCUCGAUCGGCGCGGGCGCGGUGAUGGCAGCGCGGCAGGGCCGGCCGGGCGCAGACCCAGCGGCUGAUGCUGCUACCAGCUUUCUGAAGGCAGCGCGAUCAGGUAACUUGGACAAAGCUUUGGAUCACCUGCGGAAUGGGGUAGAUAUUAACACCUGUAACCAGAAUGGGCUGAACGGCUUGCAUCUGGCCUCCAAGGAAGGCCACGUGAAGAUGGUGGUUGAACUUCUGCACAAGGAGAUCAUUUUAGAAACAACAACCAAGAAGGGAAACACCGCUCUGCACAUCGCCGCGCUCGCUGGCCAGAAUGAGGUGGUCCGGGAGCUGGUUAACUACGGCGCCAAUGUCAACGCCCAGUCGCAGAAAGGCUUCACGCCCCUGUACAUGGCAGCACAAGAGAAUCACCUGGAAGUGGUGAAGUUCUUACUGGAAAAUGGAGCUAAUCAGAACGUGGCCACAGAGGACGGCUUCACUCCGCUGGCUGUGGCUCUGCAGCAGGGCCACGAGAACGUGGUGGCCCACCUCAUCAACUACGGGACGAAAGGCAAGGUGCGCCUCCCGGCCCUGCACAUCGCGGCCCGCAACGACGACACACGAACUGCCGCCGUGCUGCUGCAGAAUGACCCCAACCCGGAUGUGCUUUCCAAGACUGGGUUCACCCCACUCCACAUCGCCGCCCACUACGAGAACCUCAGCGUGGCCCAGCUCCUCCUCAACAGGGGUGCCAGCGUCAACUUCACCCCGCAGAACGGCAUCACCCCCUUGCACAUCGCCUCCCGCAGGGGAAACGUGAUCAUGGUGCGGCUCCUGCUGGACCGGGGGGCGCACAUAGAAACAAGGACCAAGGAUGAAUUGACACCUCUCCACUGUGCAGCUCGGAACGGGCACGUGCGCAUCUCAGAGAUCCUGCUCGACCACGGAGCACCUAUCCAGGCCAAAACCAAGAAUGGCUUGUCCCCGAUACAUAUGGCGGCUCAGGGAGACCACCUCGACUGUGUCCGACUUCUGUUGCAAUACAAUGCAGAGAUAGAUGACAUCACCCUGGACCAUCUGACCCCCCUCCAUGUGGCGGCCCACUGUGGCCAUCACAGGGUGGCCAAGGUCCUACUGGAUAAAGGGGCCAAGCCCAACUCCAGAGCUCUGAAUGGCUUCACCCCCCUGCACAUCGCCUGCAAGAAGAACCAUGUCCGUGUCAUGGAGCUGCUGCUCAAGACGGGGGCUUCCAUCGAAGCGGUUACUGAGUCUGGCCUGACGCCUCUCCAUGUGGCUUCCUUCAUGGGGCACCUGGCCAUUGUGAAGACCCUCCUGCAGCGGGGGGCAUCCCCCAAUGCCUCCAAUGUGAAAGUAGAGACCCCGCUACAUAUGGCAGCCAGAGCAGGGCACACGGAAGUGGCUAAAUAUCUGCUCCAGAACAAAGCCAAAGUCAAUGCUAAGGCCAAGGACGACCAGACCCCUCUUCACUGUGCAGCUCGAAUCGGCCACACACACAUGGUGAAGCUCCUGCUGGAGAACAGUGCCAACCCCAACCUGGCCACCACGGCCGGGCACACUCCCCUGCACAUUGCAGCCCGGGAGGGUCACGUGGAUACAGCCCUGGCCCUGCUGGAAAAGGAGGCAUCUCAGGCCUGCAUGACCAAGAAAGGAUUUACCCCUCUCCACGUGGCGGCCAAGUACGGGAAGGUGCGGGUGGCCGAGCUGCUGCUGGAACGCCAGGCGCACCCCAAUGCUGCUGGCAAAAAUGGCCUGACGCCCCUGCAUGUGGCUGUUCACCACAACAACUUGGACAUCGUGAAGCUGCUGCUGCCCCAGGGCAGCUCCCCGCACAGCCCUGCCUGGAAUGGCUACACGCCCCUACACAUUGCUGCCAAGCAGAACCAGAUGGACGUGGCCCACAGUCUGCUGCAGUACGGGGGCUCUGCGAAUGCAGAGUCGGUGCAGGGCGUGACUCCCCUCCACCUGGCGGCGCAAGAGGGCCACGCGGACAUGGUGGCGCUGCUCCUCUCGAAGCAAGCCAAUGGCAACCUGGGGAACAAGAGUGGACUCACGCCCCUCCAUCUGGUAGCACAAGAAGGGCAUGUUCCAGUGGCGGAUGUGCUGAUCAAACAUGGGGUCAUGGUGGACGCCACCACCCGGAUGGGUUACACUCCGCUCCACGUGGCCAGCCACUAUGGAAACAUCAAACUGGUGAAAUUCCUGCUGCAGCACCAGGCCAACGUCAAUGCCAAGACCAAGCUUGGGUACAGCCCCUUACACCAGGCGGCCCAGCAGGGGCACACAGACAUCGUGACACUGCUGCUGCGAAGUGGUGCCUCCCCAAAUGAGGUCAGCUCGAACGGAACCACACCUCUGGCAAUCGCCAAGCGCUUGGGCUACAUUUCUGUGACAGACGUGCUCAAAGUUGUCACGGAUGAAACCAGCAUAGUGUUAGUUGGUGACAAGCACCGGAUGAGCUACCCCGAGACAGUGGACGAGGUGCUGGAUGUCUCUGAGGAUGAAGGAACCGCUCACAUAACUAUACUGGGGGAAGAGUUUGUAGGUUCUAAGGCUGAGCAGCUAGAUUCCAGAGAUGUGGAUGAGGAGAGGGAGCUGUUGGACUUUGUGCCAAAGCUAGACCAGGUGGUGGAAUCUCCUGCCAUUCCGAGGAUCCCUUGUGUGACUCCCGAGACAGUGUUGAUCAGGUCGGAGGAACCGGAACAGGCCUCCAAGGAGUACGACGAGGACUCGCUUAUCCCCAGCAGCCCUGCCACAGAGACCUCUGACAACAUCAGCCCGGUGGCCAGCCCUGUGCACACGGGGUUUUUGGUCAGCUUCAUGGUGGAUGCCCGGGGUGGCUCCAUGCGAGGGAGUCGCCACAACGGCCUGAGGGUGGUGAUCCCACCGCGGACCUGCGCGGCGCCCACACGCAUCACCUGCCGCCUGGUGAAGCCCCAGAAGCUGGGCACGCCGCCCCCACUGGCUGAGGAGGAGGGUCUGGCCAGCAGGAUCAUUGCACUGGGGCCUGCGGGGGCCCAGUUCCUGAGCCCCGUGAUCGUGGAGAUCCCACAUUUUGCCUCGCAAGGCCGAGGGGAUCGCGAGCUUGUGGUGCUGAGGAGCGAGAAUGGCUCAGUGUGGAAGGAGCACAGGAGCCGCUAUGGAGAGAGCUCCCUGGACCAGAUCCUCAGCGGGCUGGACGAGGAGCUGGGGAGCCUGGAGGAGCUGGAGAAGAAAAGGGUCUGUCGCAUCAUCACCACCGACUUCCCCCUGUACUUCGUGAUCAUGUCACGGCUCUGCCAGGACUUUGACACCAUUGGGCCCGAGGGCGGCUCUCUGAAGAGCAGGCUGGUGCCGCUGGUGCAAGCCACGUUCCCUGAAAAUGCUGUCACCAAGAAAGUGAAGCUGGCUCUGCAGGCCCAGCCUGUCCCAGAUGAGCUGGUCACCAAACUCCUGGGCAACCAAGCCACCUUCAGCCCCAUUGUCACUGUGGAGCCACGGCGCCGGAAGUUCCACCGUCCCAUUGGCCUUCGCAUCCCGCUGCCUCCUUCAUGGACAGACAACCCACGGGACAGCGGGGAGGGAGACACCACCAGCCUGCGCCUGCUCUGCAGCGUCAUUGGAGGAACUGACCAAGCCCAAUGGGAAGAUAUCACGGGAACAACCAAGCUUGUAUAUGCCAAUGAGUGCGCCAACUUCACCACCAACGUCUCCGCCAGGUUUUGGCUAUCGGACUGUCCACGGACAGCAGAGGCUGUGAAUUUUGCCACUCUGCUGUACAAAGAGCUGACCGCAGUGCCCUACAUGGCCAAGUUUGUCAUUUUCGCCAAGAUGAAUGACCCCCGGGAAGGGCGGCUGCGGUGCUACUGCAUGACGGAUGACAAGGUGGACAAGACGCUGGAGCAGCACGAAAACUUCGUGGAGGUGGCCCGGAGCAGGGACAUAGAGGUUUUGGAGGGAAUGCCCCUCUUCGCAGAACUUUCCGGGAACCUGGUCCCUGUCAGAAGGGCUGCCCAGCAGCGUAGCUUCGAGUUCCAGUCCUUCCGGGAGAACCGCUUGGCCAUACCUGUGAAGGUGAGGGACAGCAGUCGGGAGCCGGCAGGGUUCUUGUCAUUCCUGCGCAAAGCCAUGAAGUAUGAGGACACCCAGCACAUCCUCUGCCACCUGAACGUCACCAUGCCCCCCUGUACCAAGGGAACCGGAGCGGAGGACAGGAGGAGGACCCUGACACCCCUGGCUCUUCGGUACAGCGUGCUCAGCGAGUCAGCUCUCGGCUUCCCCAGCGGGAUGGACCGCGCUGACCUGAAGGUGGCCGUCAUUACAGAGCACCUGGGCCUCAGCUGGGCGGAAUUGGCCCGGGAGCUGCAGUUCAGUGUGGAGGAAAUCAACAGGAUCCGGGUAGAAAACCCCAACUCCUUGUGGGAGCAGAGCGCAGCCUUGCUGAACCUCUGGGCUGCCCGGGAAGGCGCAGAUGCAAAGAUGGAAAGCCUGUAUGCGGCCCUGCGCAACAUCGACAGGAGCGAGAUUGUGAACAUGCUGGAGGGCUCCAGCAGACAGAGCCGCAACCUGAGGCCGGAGCAGCGGCAGGCAGACCGGGACUACUCGCUGUCGCCCUCCCAGAUGAAUGGUUACUCCUCGCUGCAGGACGAGCUGCUGUCCCCUGCCUCCCUGCACUACGCGCUCCCCUCUCCGCUGCGUGCAGACCAGUACUGGAACGAGGUGGCCGUCAUAGACGCCAUCCCACUGGCCCCCACGGAGCAUGACGCCAUGCUGGAGAUGUCUGACAUGCAGGUGUGGUCUGCGGGCCUCACGCCCUCCCUGGUCACUGCUGAGGACUCCUCUCUGGAGUGCAGCAAGGCCGAGGACUCUGAUGCCACACAAGAGUGGAAAUUGGAGGGGGCGCUCUCAGAGGAAUCACGGGGGCCGGAGCUCGGCUCUCAGGACCUUGUGGAGGACGACACAGUGGAUUCAGAUGCCACAAAUGGCCAUGCUGGUUUGCUUGGCCAGGAGGAAGGCCAGCGAAGGGCACCAGGCCGAGCCGCAGACUUGUCCUCCAUGAGUCGGGUGCAGGACAGGAGCCAGGACAGACUACAAGACUGGGACUUAGAAGGCUCCAUUGCCUCCUACCUGCAAGAUGCUGAGCAAGGCCCAUAUCCAUUCCGGACGACACCGUCCACUGUCCAAGGGCCAGAGCAUGGCGACGUGCUGGUGCCUACCAGCGAGCACACAGGGACAGCACAGCCUGAGACCCAGGGCCCCCGGGCCGGCAGGGAAGAUGAGGUGCAGGUGGCCGUGAGCACCCUCCAGCAGGGGAACGAGCUUCAAAAUAUUCCAGGGGAGCAGGUGACACAGGAACAAUACACAGAUGAACAGGGCAACUUAGUCACCAAGAAGAUCACACUCAAAGUUGUCAGGCAGCUAGAUGACACCCAGGAACAUGAGGAGGUGAUUGUCGGGGGCCCCCUGGAGAAGGACACUAGUGUGCUGGAAACCGACCCUGAUUUCAUUACAAAACUUGACAAGGUGGAGCUGAGAGGCAGUGGCCUACAGCCGGAACUGCUGGAGGGCAGGAAAGGGGCUCAGAUAGUGAAGCGGGCCAGCCUGAAACGGGGCAAACAGUGAUCACAAGCCUCUCUCCUUGGAGUAGCCUCUCGGGAGGAUCACACCUCGACACCCAACCCCUGACUCCAUACACUCUGCCAUGCACACAGGAGGAGCUGGACCAGAGGGUGACAGAGCGCUGCCCAUGUUCCUCUCGGCUCCCGGCAUGAACUCUGUGAGGGGCUCCUUUAGUCUCCUACCGCAUGAACGACUGGCUGUAGACUCUGCAUGACCUACAGUCUGCCAUCCUGCCCUAGCGACCUGACUCCGGGACUCAAUCUGUCUGCCAGAGGAGGGGAAGGAGAGGAGGGGAGGGGACGGCCAGGGACAGAGCGAAAUGAACGCAAAGGGCUCUUUUGUGGCUGGGGAUGGUUUGAGGUUUUUUUAAAUUGUUUUGAUUUUUGACUUUGUACAGGGUACUUUUUUCCCACUUCAUCUGUAAGAAAUCUAUGUGGGCUUCCUGGAAAGAAAAAAAAAAACAAAACUAGGGACAAAAUCAGGUUAGCACCUCAGUCCCGUGUCCAUCGGCUGUGGCUGCCCACACUCACCUCCAUUCUGCUGCCACCUCUGCCACCCCAGGACAGUCCCACACUGAGACACACAGGACCCUCCGAAUUCCCUGUGUGGACUCCGCUGUGGAGAAACUGGGAGGCUUUUUAUUCUCUCUCCCUCUCUCCUUCUCCGUCUCUCUCUCUCUGCCAGUCUCAGUAUUAAUCAUCUUCCAGUGGAAAAGCAUCACCCUGAGCUUGCACUGGGAUCCUUGCAUUAGGGAUCUAAGGGUCAGAGGCCAGGACCCCGCGCUUAGCUGAGGGCUCAGAAGGAGCCGGGGUGCCAGAGCGGAAAGGUCAGCGGAGGAGGGCGGGUGGCUGCCAGGACUGCACCAGCAUGACCAUAGAGAAGAGGUUUUCUAGAUCUUCACGCACUUCUACCAUAGUCCGUGUCCAAAGUGUAAACUGUACAGUAAUCAGCCUUGUGUAUAAGAAAACAAUAAAUACUAUGCAAACCACUAGAGACACUUAGCAGUAUGGAGAAGCUCUGACAGCUCGGCUCCCAGGACUGCUCCGGCCUACGGGAGGAGGAGCUACAGGCUGUCCCCGAAAGCGCAGGGCAGGGCCAGUGAAUGUAGCCGCCAGCCCCAGGUCUCCCGGAGCCAACUUGGUGCUCGAAGUCCAGGCAGCCCGCAGGCUGGGGCAGAGGGCGGCCGGUGAAGGCCAGUGGUGCGGGACAGGGCCCUCCCUGCGGCCGCGCCUCCCCGGGCCCCGGGCAGAGCCUUAACGCCCAGGCGCCUCCGGCGGGGAGCCCCGAAUCAGCACAAUGCGGCCGCCUGGAGGGCCCCGCGGGCUCUCCUCGCGCUCCGUGGCGCCUUCCUCCCCGGCCGCUCCGGAGGCGUCCUCGGGACACCCCCAAACCUUCCAAGUAGCACAGACGCCUCCGCGCCGAGGCCAAGCCUGAAGCCCAGCCCCGCGUUCCGGGCGGCGCCUCCCGGCCCAGGGGUGUUGCACCCUUGGGGCGGGGCGGGCUUCCGCUUCGUGGGAGGGAGGAGGAGAAGGGGCGCCCGGAGAGAGGAAGUUCUGGCCCGGCAGAGCUCGCGCGGGUUGUCCCUGCGGCUGCGGCCUCGUAGGCUCUUGCACAGUGCGCGGCCCGAGCGUGCGGACGCGGCCGGACCCGCGCGGCGGAGCCUGUAGCUUCCUCUCCCGGGUUGCGGCCCUCCCGGCGCUUUGGCUCCUGCUGCUCCGCCUUGCUUGGCUGCUUGGCCGCGCUCCCGCUGCUAGUAGGAGCCGCGUAGGGGAGGACUUUGGGAUCCCACUCGACGCCUAGAGAAUGCUGCAGUGUGCUCCGUAGACGCUUUUUAGAAGUUUUGAAAUGACCUUGAUUUUUUAAAUGUUAUGAAAAACGAAUCGUUUCUGGUCUCCCCCACGCGCUCUGCCCCGGGGGAGCCCCGCCCCGCCCACCCCAAUGUAUAGACCAUUGUCCCUACACCAGCUGAACAAAUGUCACCUUAAUAAAGAAACCGACUCAUGGCAA